AUGGACUAUGCUAUAUUCCCACCCCGAGUGUUUAUUGGCCUUGCCCUCCUGGUCGUCACGGUGGGGGUGCUGUACGGGAAACACGUCAAUAAAUUAAGGAAGCGUCUCCCUUUCCCCCCCGGGCCCCCGGGGAGUUCAAUUUGGGGUCAUCUACAAGUCAUCCCCAAAGAUCACCCUGAACACCAAUUUGUGAAGUGGGGAAACCAAUACAACUCCGACAUACUAUAUUUCAAUGUUCUCGGUCGCCCCAUGGUUGUAAUCAACAGUGUUGAUGCAGCCCAUGAUCUACUGGAUAAGAAAGGCGCGAACUAUGCCGAUCGCCCUCGCUUCGUUCUUUUCGAAGUAAUGGGAUGGGGUGUCACCCUCACUUUUCUUCGGUGGUCGCCUCGGUUCAAGCUCCAUCGGAAGCUCCUUCAGCAGUCAUUCACCCAAACGGCAUGCAAGCCAUAUCGACCUAUCCAGCAGGAGGAAGCCCGUCGGGCUGUCAAAGCCAUUUUGCACAAACCACAAAACUGGGAAUUGCUACUGCGGCAGUUUUCUACUGCUGUUGUAUUACGUAUUGGAUUCGGGAUUGAUAUCCAGGAAGAAAAUGAUCCCUACGUCCAAAUGGCAAUUGAUGUCGAAGAAGCCACUGGCAAAGGUGGUGUCCCGGGCGCGUCGAUCGUCGAUUUCUUCCCUAUCUUCCGCUACCUACCAAAUAUUUUCGAGAGGCUCUUUACAGUUUUCCAGCCCUUGGUCCAUGCCCGCCGCUCAAAGCCUACUAUUCAGCGGCUACAUGAUAUACCUUGGGAUGCAAUGGAGUCAUCUAUUCGGUCUGGCGUAGCGACUCAACCAUCUUUUAUGCGAAGCCACUUUGGUCAAUAUCUUUCAAAUGAGAAACUUGGCAAAACUAACGACGUCACUAUUGCCGAUCUGAAAGGUGCCGCUGGGGCUAUUUCGAUCGCCGGUGGCAAUACGACAUGGUCGACCGUGAUCGUGUGUGUUCUUAACCUUAUGAUACACCCGGAAAUUCAAGUAAAGGUACAAGAUGAGAUUGACAGAGUGGUUGGGCUAGAUAAGAAUGGAGAUAUUGUUCGAUUACCCAAUUUUGAGGAUCGAAAACAGCUGAAAUACCUUGAAAACGUCAUCCAAGAGGCAACACGUUGGGCCCCUCUAUCUCCACUUGGUGUGCCCCAUGCUUCGCUUGCCGACGAUACUUACCAUGGUUACUUUAUUCCAGCUGGAUCAGUGGUAUUUGCCAAUGCCUGGGCUAUGUCGCGGGACGAGCGCUUCUACUCAUCGCCGGAUGAUUUCAACCCAGACCGAUAUCUUGCUCAUGUGGAAGGUGGAAAUGAGGAACCUCUCCCUGAAGGACCCUUUGGAUUUGGAAGAAGAGUUUGCCCUGGGCAGCAUCUGGCUCUCGCCGGGGUGUAUAUUGUUGUCGCGACUUUGCUGGCAACUAUGGAUCUAACCUGCCCAAUUGAUGAAAGUGGUAAAAGGAUCAAGCCGCGAGUGACGUUCUCAAAUGGACUGAGUGGUGUCCCCGACAGUUUUCCAUGUGUCAUUACUCCGCGAUCAGAAAGAGCCAAGGAGCUACUGUUUACGUGCUAA